AUGGAGAGCAAGACGCUGCUAGCUGUCGCUCUGUGGCUCUGCGUGGAGACCCAGGCCGCCUCUGUGGGUUUGCCAGAUGAUUCCCUCCAUCCACCCAAGCUCAGCACACAAAAAGAUGUACUUACAAUUUUGGCCAAUACAACCCUUCAGAUUACUUGCAGGGGACAGAGGGACCUGGGUUGGCUUUGGCCCAACAAUCAUCAUGGUUCUGAGGAAAGGGUGUCGGUGACUGAGUGCAGUGACAGCGUCUUCUGCAAGACACUCACAAUUCCAAAAGUGGUGGCAAAUGAUACCGGAGCCUACAAGUGCUUCUAUUGGGAUGUCGACAUGUCCUCCGUCAUUUAUGUCCAUGUUCAAGAUUACAGGUCACCAUUCAUCGCCUCUGUGAGUGAUCAGCAUGACAUUGUGUACAUCACCGAGAACAAGAACAAAACUGUGGUGAUUCCGUGCCUAGGGUCAAUUUCAAGCCUCAAUGUGUCACUCUGUGCAAGAUAUCCAGAAAAGAGGUUUGUUCCGGAUGGAAACAGAAUCUCCUGGGACAGUGAGAAAGGCUUUACUAUCCCCAGUUACAUGAUCAGCUAUGCAGGCAUGGUCUUCUGCGAGGCAAAGAUCAAUGAUGAAACCUACCAGUCUAUCAUGUACAUAGUUGUGGUUGUAGGAUACAGGAUUUAUGAUGUGACCCUGAGCCCCCCUCAUAGAAUCCAGCUAUCUGCAGGAGAGAAGCUUGUCUUAAAUUGUACAGCAAGAACUGAGCUCAACGUGGGGCUUGAUAUCAAGUGGGAGAUCCCUUCUUUGAAGCAUCAGCAUAAGAAGGUUAUAAACAGGGACCUGAAACCCCUUCCUGGGACUGUGAUGAAGAAAUUUUUGAGCACCUUGAUAAUCGACAGUGUGACACGGAAUGACCAAGGGCUAUAUAUCUGCACAGCGUUCAGUGGGCGGAUGACCAAGAGAAACAGCACGUAUGUCCAAAUUCAUACAAAACCUUUUAUUGCUUUUGAUAGCAGUAUGGAAUCUUUGGUGGAAGCAACAGUGGGCAGCCAAGUCCGAAUCCCUGUCAAGCACCUGAGUUACCCGGCUCCUGAUAUCAAAUGGUACAGAAAUGGAAGACCCAUUGAGUCCAAUUACACAAUGAUAGUGGGUGAUGAACUCACAAUCAUGGAAGUGAGUGAACGAGAUGCGGGAAACUACACGAUCGUUCUCACCAAUCCCAUUUCAAUGGAGAAACAGAGCCAUGUGGUUUCCCUGGUUGUAAAUGUCCCACCCCAGAUUGGUGAGAAAGCCUUGAUCUCUCCCAUGGAUUCCUACCAGUACGGUACCAUGCAGACAUUGACAUGCACAGUCUAUGCUAACCCUCCCCUGCACCACAUCCGCUGGUACUGGCAGCUAGAAGAGGCAUGCUCCUACAAGCCCAGCCAAACAAACCCAUAUACUUGCAAAGAAUGGAGAAAUGUGGAGGAUUUCCAGGGGGGAAAUAACAUCGAAGUCACCAAAAACCAAUAUGCCCUAAUUGAAGGAAAAAACAAAACUGUAAGUACUCUGGUCAUCCAAGCUGCCAAUGUGUCAGCGUUGUACAAAUGUGAAGCUGUCAACAAAGUUGGACAAGGCGAGAGAGUGAUCUCCUUCCAUGUGAUCAAGGGUCCAGAAAUUACUGUGCAACCUGCUGCCCAGCCAACCGAGCAGGAGAGUGUGUCUCUCUUGUGCACUGCUGAUAGAAAUACAUUUGAGAACCUCACUUGGUACAAGCUUGGCUCACAGGCAACUUCGGCCCACAAUGGUGAACCACUGACGCCAGUGUGCAAGAAUUUGGAUGCUCUUUGGAAACUGAAUGCUACCAUGUUUUCUAAUAGCACAAGUGACAUCUUGAUUGUAGCAUUCCAGAAUGCAUCCCUGCAGGACCAAGGAGACUAUGUCUGCUCUGCUCAAGAUAGGAAGACCAAGAAAAGACAUUGCCUAGUCAAACAGCUCAUCAUUUUAGAGCGCAUGGCACCCAUGAUCAUUGGAAAUCUAGAGAAUCAGACGACAAUGAUUGGCGAAACCAUCGAAGUUUCUUGCCCAGCAUCGGGAAACCCUACCCCACACAUUACAUGGUUCAAAGACAAUGAGACACUCGUGGAAGAUUCAGGAAUUGUACUGAAAGAUGGGAACCGGAACCUAACUAUCCGAAGGGUGAGGAAGGAGGAUGAAGGCCUCUACACCUGUCAGGCCUGCAAUGUCCUUGGAUGUGCACGAGCGGAGACACUUUUUAUAAUAGAAGGUGCUCAGGAAAAGACCAACUUGAAAGUCAUUAUUCUUGUGGGCACUGCUGUGAUUGCUAUGUUCUUCUGGCUACUUCUUGUCAUCGUUCUACGGACCGUUAAGCGGGCCAAUGAAGGGGAACUGAAGACAGGCUACUUGUCCAUUGUCAUGGAUCCAGAUGAACUGCCCUUGAAUGAGCGCUGUGAACGCUUGCCUUAUGAUGCUAGCAAAUGGGAAUUCCCCAGGGACCGACUGAAACUAGGGAAGCCUCUUGGCCGUGGUGCCUUUGGCCAAGUGAUUGAGGCAGAUGCCUUUGGAAUUGACAAGACAGCAACUUGCAAAACAGUGGCCGUCAAAAUGUUGAAAGAAGGAGCAACACACAGUGAGCACCGAGCCCUCAUGUCUGAACUCAAGAUCCUCAUCCACAUUGGCCACCAUCUCAAUGUGGUCAACCUUCUAGGUGCCUGCACCAAGCCAGGAGGGCCUCUCAUGGUGAUUGUGGAAUUCUGCAAGUUUGGAAACCUAUCAACUUACUUACGGGGCAAGAGAAAUGAAUUUGUUCCCUAUAAGAGUAAAGGGGCACGGUUCCGCCAGGGGAAAGACUACGUUGGGGAGCUCUCUGUGGAUCUGAAACGCCGCUUGGAUAGCAUCACCAGCAGCCAGAGCUCUGCCAGCUCUGGAUUUGUUGAGGAGAAAUCCCUCAGUGAUGUAGAGGAAGAAGAAGCUGCUGAGGACUUGUACAAGGACUUUCUGACCUUGGAGCAUCUCAUCUGCUACAGCUUCCAAGUGGCUAAGGGCAUGGAGUUCUUGGCAUCAAGGAAGUGUAUCCAUAGGGACCUGGCGGCACGGAAUAUUCUCCUGUCGGAGAAGAAUGUGGUGAAGAUCUGUGACUUUGGCUUGGCUCGGGAUAUUUAUAAAGACCCGGAUUAUGUCAGAAAGGGGGAUGCCCGACUCCCUUUGAAAUGGAUGGCCCCAGAAACAAUUUUUGACAGAGUAUACACAAUUCAGAGUGACGUGUGGUCUUUUGGCGUUUUGCUCUGGGAAAUAUUUUCCUUAGGUGCUUCCCCAUAUCCUGGGGUCAAGAUUGAUGAAGACUUUUGUAGGAGACUGAAAGAAGGAACUAGAAUGAGGGCUCCUGACUACACCACCCCAGAAAUGUACCAAACCAUGCUGGACUGCUGGCAUGAGGACCCCAAUCAGAGACCCUCGUUUUCAGAGCUGGUGGAACAUUUGGGAAAUCUCCUGCAAGCAAAUGCUCAGCAGGAUGGCAAAGACUACAUUGUUCUUCCAAUGUCAGAGACACUGAGCAUGGAAGAGGAUUCUGGACUCUCCCUGCCCACCUCACCUGUUUCCUGUAUGGAGGAAGAGGAAGUGUGCGACCCCAAAUUCCAUUAUGACAACACAGCAGGAAUCAGUCAGUAUCUGCAGAACAGUAAGCGAAAGAGCCGGCCAGUGAGUGUGAAAACAUUUGAAGAUAUCCCACUGGAAGAACCACAAGUAAAAGUAAUCCCAGAUGAUAGCCAGACAGACAGUGGGAUGGUCCUUGCAUCAGAAGAGCUGAAAACCCUGGAAGACAGGAACAAACUGGCUCCAUCUUUUGGUGGCAUGAUGCCCAGCAAAAGCAGGGAGUCUGUGGCCUCGGAGGGCUCCAAUCAGACCAGCGGCUACCAAUCUGGGUACCACUCAGAUGACACAGAUACCACUGUGUACUCCAGCAAGGAGGCAGAACUUUUAAAGCUGAUGGAGGCUGCAGUGCACCCUGACUCUGGGACCACGUUGUGUUCACCUUCGGUGUAA